AUGUUGUUGAAUUCACUACAGAACUGUGCGAUGUUUGCUAUACGUGUUGUGGUUCUUGCUUUCGUUCUUCAUCUCAGAUCCGCAGUCACCUCCUUCAAAAUUACGCCUCGUUCAUGUUUCACCUCCUUCGAUCAGAGCAAACCAACAAAAAUGCAUAUAGUAUCUUCAGUUUUGAGGCGACGAUAUUCGCCAAUAAAACCAAAGAUUCAUGAAUCAGUGUUGCAAUUGACCUUUGGUUUGCAGAAGGUGAGGUUGAUGAGUGACAGAAGUUGGAUGAAGAAUGAGUCAAUGGUGGUUGUGAAAGGAGUAAGAUGA